AUGUCUUCUCUCUCCCGUCGUGCUUGCUACAAGUGUGGCAACGUCGGCCACUAUGCCGAGGUCUGCUCUUCCUCUGAGCGCCUUUGCUACAACUGCAAGCAGCCCGGCCACGAGUCCAACGGCUGCCCUCUUCCUCGCACCACUGAGGCCAAGCAGUGCUAUCACUGCCAGGGCCUUGGUCACGUUCAGGCUGACUGCCCUACUCUGCGCCUGACCGGUAACGCCACUUCCGGGCGCUGUUACAACUGCGGCCAGCCCGGUCAUCUGGCUCGUGCUUGCCCCAAUCCCGUCGGUCCCGCUGCCAUGGGUCGUGGCGCCCCCAUGGGGCGCGGCGGCUAUGCCGGCGGCAAUUUUGGCCGUGGCGGUUUCGCUGGCGGCCCUCGCCCCGCUACCUGCUACAAGUGCGGCGGUCCCAACCAUUUCGCCCGCGAUUGCCAGGCUCAGGCGAUGAAGUGCUACGCCUGUGGCAAACUCGGCCACAUUUCCCGUGAUUGCACGGCUCCCAACGGCGGCCCCCUCAACACUGCCGGCAAGACCUGCUAUCAGUGUGGAGAGGCCGGUCACAUAUCUCGUGAUUGCCCUCAGAAGGCCGCCGUCGCUCCCGAGAUUAACAAUGAGGUCGACAUGACCAACGUUACUGCCGCGCCGGUUGCCCCUAUCCCUCCGGUAGCAUAG